AUAUGAUUAAUGAAUCCAACCAAAAUGGGAAGGGUCUAGAGCAGCAGGUAAAUUUCAGCCAAUUUGGCCUUUUGUACCGAGCAGUUUUUUUUAUUAUUUCGGCAUAGAACAAACUGCAGGAUUCCCAAGUUAGGGUUAGCUCUCGUUAGCACGGUGUUUCUGUCAAGAAGAUGGCGCAUUGGGAUAAAAGUUUACCGUUGUGGAAUCCUUCCGUGCCUCUGGAUUUUGCAUCGUGUUGGGUCCUCUGCAACAAUUUUGCUGGUCUAGACUUGAACUCCGGUGCUCAAGGAAACAAGACCGGUCCGAGUCGCUACGUGCCCCCGCACCUGCGCAACAAUCGGUCUGUGUUGCCUGGACCUCCUCAGGGGAACGCCCAGGGUUACGCCCAGAAGUCUUACCCUGAGCCGCAGGGAGGUGACGACUGGGGAGCAAGGGACGGCUUCAGGGGUGACCGUGGAGGUGGCCGUGCCGAUUUCUCAAAUUUUGGAGGCCGCAACAAGAGGAAUGAUGGCCCCGUGCGCAACAAUGCUUUCCCACCACGCCAGGGUGGAGGCUCGAACUGGCGCAGCCCGGAUGACAUGCCUCGCGAGGCACCUCGUGAGGGCUCCCGCGACGGUGGGGGCUGGGGUCGGGACGACCGUGGCGGUGGCGGCAACUGGGACCGCCGCAAUGGGGGGCGGCGCAACCUCGACACUGACGAGGACUGGACCAGACCGCUUCCUAGGGACGAACGGAUAGAGAGAGAGCUGUUCUCGCAAGGACACACAGGCAUAAACUUUGAGAAGUAUGAGGACAUUCCUGUGGAGGCCACUGGUGAUGAUGCACCCAAGCACAUCAACUCGUUCGACGACUGCUCCCUGACGGAGAUCAUUCGCAUGAACAUUGAGCUGGCGCACUACACCUCGCCCACACCCGUGCAGAAGCACGCCAUCCCCAUCAUCCUCUCCAAGCGCGACCUGAUGGCCUGCGCCCAGACAGGAUCCGGGAAAACUGCGGCUUUCCUGGUGCCCAUUUUGAACCAGGUGUUUGAGGAGGGACCUCCCAAAAAUGUGCCUGCGCCCCACCGGUAUUCGAGUCGGCCCAAGCAGUACCCGCUGGCGCUGAUCCUGAGCCCGACGCGUGAGCUGGCUUGCCAGAUCUACGAGGAGGCCUGCAAGUUUGCGUACCGCUCGCGUGUGCGGCCUUGCGUGGUGUACGGGGGUGCCGAUCCCGUGCAGCAGAUGAAAGAUCUGGAUCGAGGCUGCCACCUACUGGUGGCCACGCCAGGGCGUCUGGUGGACAUGAUGGAGCGCGGCAAGGUGAGCCUGGAGCUUGUGCGGUACCUGGUUUUGGACGAGGCAGACCGUAUGCUGGACAUGGGUUUUGAGCCCCAAAUCCGGCGCAUUGUGCUUGAGGACAACAUGCCCCCAGUUGGCCAGCGGCAGACACUCAUGUUUUCCGCCACCUUCCCCAAGAAAGUGCAGGAACUGGCACGCAAGUUCCUGGACAACUACAUCUUCCUGGCCGUGGGGCGUGUGGGCAGCACGUCCGAGAACAUCACCCAGAAGGUGGUGUGGGUCGAGGAGCACGACAAGCGGUCCUUCCUGCUGGACCUGCUCAACGCGGCGGGCCUCAGGAAUGGAGGUCAUGCGUCGGCAUCGGACUCUCUGACACUGAGCUUUGUGGAGACAAAGAAAGGUGCGGAUGCGCUGGAGCAUUUCCUGCUCAAGGAGGGCUACCCGGUGACCAGCAUCCACGGGGACCGGACCCAGCGAGAGCGCGAAGAGGCCCUGUGGUCCUUCCGUACAGGACGCACCCCAAUUCUAGUGGCCACAGCUGUUGCAGCAAGAGGUUUGGACAUUCCAAAUGUAAAGCAUGUAAUCAACUUCGACUUGCCCAGUGACAUCGAGGAGUAUGUCCACCGAAUUGGCCGUACUGGUCGUGUGGGCAACCUGGGUUUGGCGACGUCUUUCUUCAAUGAGAAAAACCGCAACAUGGCCCUGGACCUUGUGGAGCUCAUAACGGAAACAAAGCAGGAACUGCCGGACUGGCUAGCCUCCCUGGCCAAGGAAGUGCAAGCAGAGCAGCGUGCUUCCAACCAGCGCCGCUUUGGCUCUGGGGGACGCAGCUCCCGGUAUGCCUCGGGUGGUUUUGGCAGCCGUGACUAUCGUCAGUACGGAGGCGGCGGAGGUCGCGAUCGUCCCAUGGGUGGGCCACCCAGCGGAGGAGGUAUGGGUGGCCGCAGCGGCGGACCCGGUGGCUACGGCGGUGCACCCCAGUACGGUGGAUACGGCGGAUCAGGCGGCCAGAUAAUGGGCGGCUACCGGCCCAACAGCUACGGGGGCAACUACAGCAGCUCCUCCAAUGACUGGUGGGGCAACUGAGGGGGUGGUGCGUUUGCAGGACCCCCCCUCCGCCACCAGCCGACGCCUCCCCACGCCAGUUUCUCCUCUUCUUCCACCCGUCUCUGCCUUCAGCGUGUGUUCCUCCCCUCCCCCUCAUCCACGACUGCUGUGCAUUCUCUAGGCAGUGGUGGGCGGCACACGGGGGGAAAAAAACAAAGUACGCAACUACGGGCGUGCAGCCAACGUGUUUUUUAUUCUCUGCACGACAGGGGCAGCAAAUGGAACAUUGGUACGGGAGAGAAAAAAUGGCAUAGCCUUUUUUUUUUUUCUUUUGUCUCCUCGUGAUGCUUUUAUGCUCCAUCAAGGCCCCAUUACCCCAACAUGUUGCCUUUCCCCGCCGCUUGUUUCUGUCUCAACUUGGCAGCUGUGAUCCUUGUGUAGUUCGGUGGUCAUUGCUGCAGCCUCUGCUUUGUAGGCUUCAAGAAACAACUACCACUUUUGUUGUGUUGAGGAAAGGGAGGUCCCUCCCCGAACACAUUUUCUUCGCUGAUCUUUUUUUUUUUUUUUUCUGCGUUGCACCACGGGCUGCCGUCUAGGUGUACACAUAUAUAUACAUAGUCUCUUUAUGUGUGCGUACUUGUGUGUAAGAUAGCCCAUCCCGUUUCCUGUUCAAGUUGGUGCAAGAAUGGGCAGAUAGAUUUGCCAAGGCACAUCACUCCUUUUUACUUUUUUUCUUGACCACCUCUCAGACUUGCUCAUUGUCAGUUUCUUCCUCUUUCCCUCCCUUCAGCUCACAUUUUUAUAAUUAUUUUUUUCUUCAAGUCAAUGUUCUUCACGCGAGUUUCAUUUCCAUGGAAGUUCGUGAAGGAUACUUUCGUGCUUUUUUUUUUCUCCUUCAGUAUAGGUGCUGGCUCUUGCAGCCUUGUUUUAAGGAAAGAAGUUGCAAAACCCCCCUUUUUUUUUUCUUCAAAUAAGGCAUUUGUUGUGCGCUUCACUGAGGCAGGAAAUCGUCAUUCCUUGGCGUUUUUGUGCGCUGCUUUAAAGCAUUCACCACUCAGGAGGCACAAGGAUGCUUUGUAGUAGUCCCCUUGCCAGGCAAGGUGCUACUGUAGGUUUUUUAGCAGCAGUACCAGCCAGUUUCUGCAGACCAAUAAUGUAAUGCAGCUAGCAGUUUUUCUCCACUUUCAAGAAUUUUUUUUUCAUCAUCUUGUGCUGUUGUACCUGGAACACACAUUUGAAGAGAGCUUUCUCACAGGUAAAGAAAACGAACCUGAACAUGCUCAUUGGCAUGUUAUCAAUAAAGGUGUUUUGCUUACAGUUUGCUUAUUUUCAAUACAGCCUUGAAACUCUGGAUCUCAUGGUCACAGUAGUGCACUCUGAGACACAUUGGCCUGUGUUUUGUUUCAUGGGGCCUGUGGAUAACUGAGCACAUUUAUUAUAGCAUAUUGUUACUGUCAUGUUGGCACCAACAUGCUUACCGCUAUCCCAUAGCUCGGGUCCCUCGAUUGCAUUAUUGGUGUGUAUUCAAAAUCAUGCACCUGGGCUCGUCUUCCAUCUGAAAUGCAAGGUUACACUUCUGUAUAUUUAUUCUGCAUGUGUGUUCUGGGUGUGCAUGCCUAUUACAUUUGUUAGUGUUCCAAUAUUCUGUGUUCCUCGUUUGCAAGUGUCUAUCUGCAACUCCGUUUUUGUGGAAUGCAUCGAAUUCAUCAGUUCGGUUCCAGUGUCGUACAUGUCUCUCUGCCGCAACUUGCUGACCUACCAUGCAGACAGACUAAAUUUGGCCUUGGCCACACAAAGAUCUUCGCAAAGUGAGAGAAGCGUUUCGCUUGUGGCUACACCUUUUCGAGAUUAAUAUCGGCACGCAUGCUCUGUGGCAUGUACGUUGCUUAGCUGCAUCGUUUUUUAAUGUCUGAAUCCUACGCAGGUAGCUUUCUCCAGUACACGUUAUCAGUAAGUGCACAUUAACUGGCGCAUCUAUAGAAUGUUCUUGCAUACCAGUUUUGUGCUCCAAAAUUUUUUUCCUUGUAUAUUUGCUUCUUCAGCUAUGUGCUAAAACCUUAUUGCAGGCUGCCACUGUGUGAAUGCACUAUUUCAAUCUUUGGAAGCAAGUUACGAUGCUCUGUGUCUCCUGCGGAAGUUGUGACAUUUCCCUUCGAGCAGAGCAGUUUGACGCAAGUGUGUAAUAUGUACUCGGGCGACGACAAUGCAGGAAUCGAGGGAAUGCUAUCUUAAACCAGUUGCCCGGUGUGCCAUGAUGGUCGUUAACCAGGGGUGUACUCUGCAUAAACAGGAGGCACCUCUCUUUGCGUGCCCAGAGAUGCUUUAUCAUCUUAUAGUGCUUUGUGCAUUCACUUGUAGUCAUGUCUUGUGCUAAGAGAGCUGUUAUCCUUUAUUGAAUGCUUAGUAAUGUCACUGUUUGGUGCAUUUUCUCUUUUUAAGGCUAUUCGGUGCAGCGCAGUAGUAGCACUUUUUUUUUUUUUUUUGUGGAAAAAAAUUUUUUUCACCUUUGACUCACUUCUGCAGCAUUUGCCCGAGGCUGUGAGAGGGCUCAUCUUGCAAGAAUGUCUGUUACGAAACAGAAACACGGCGGGCUCUUCUUGUGCCUCUAGCGUUGUGAGCACACUUUAAAAAAAAAAACAAUAUAAACUCAUUUAUACGUUAUGCUAGAGGAUACAUGUGCACGAGGUUCCGGUGUGAUAAUGUUCCUUGCAUUCUUUUCUUUAGACUUGAUGUAGCAUUUUUUUAGGUGUCUUGUUUCUAAGUGCUGCUCUGUGGCUGUGCACUUUUUUUUUUCUUUUUGUCAUGUGUGUAGUGUGUGCUCUGACAUUGUGUGGGCCUCGUAUAACUUGAGGCUCGCAUGUGCAACUGUGAGCAACACAGGUGCCGCGCACAGUACAGUCAGCGCACUUCAGAGGGCCACACCAACAGCAAGCCUUGUGUGUCUGGGGUGCUUAAGACUUGUGUUGCACGUGUGCGGCACAUACGUCAGGCUUGCCUUGCCUGCCAGGAAGUGCGCCGUAUCCAUGGCAACCGACCAUAUGUCAGAACGAUGGAGGAAGGAUGAAGGUCCCAGUUAGGUUGAAAAUGUGGUGACGGAGCUGGGUUUUUCCGGAGGACCUUAUUUCCUGUCCUCCCAGGCUGUAGGGUGGAGCUUGGAUUAAUUUCGCUACGAUUGCAGUUUUUGUCGCUAGGUGUACAGUAAAGCUAGGAAUUUUUUUUAAUCAGCGAAAUGAACAAAGCUUGUAUGUGCGUCUGAGUGAUGCCGACUUUGAGGUCGCUGCAUUUGGGCGUUAUUAAGUGAUGUUUUGUUCAUACUGCGGGCGUUAGGAUAAGUACCAACUGUAGUUGACUUGAAACUUCUGUUGCCGUCAUUGUCAAGGGUUCUGUCACUUGUAGUUGAGCGGUUCAGGUGGCAUACUUGUUUAAGCUCGAUCAUAGCUUUAAUUUUACGCUUUUUGACCUCUGUUCAUUAAAUUAUGACUGAAUUCCACGAGGCAUAGUGACUGUGUGAAAGUGUUUGCGAGAAAGGACACAUGGGGUAGGUUGAGGGGGGGAAAAAACUCAGAUUUGUCCGUCGAUGCGAUGUGACGCAUCAGAGCAGAGACCUUCCGUGGCCAAAGAAAAACAAAUCUAACCCACGAUCCACGCGCACACAGGGCGGCGUCUUUCUUUAUUUGUGGCCAGGACAAGCAGGUUUCUCAUUCUGCAAAGAGGAGGGGGCUAGGGACCAUGACAGUGGGGAAGUAUUCCCGGGGCUGCGCUUAUCUACACAGACACGACACCCCUCGCUUCCUUUGGUUUUUAUUCUUUUUCCGGAUUUGUGCUGUCGUGUGGCAGAUGCCAGGGAGAUGUAGGAGGAGCUGUGGAGGAAUGCGGGCUAGCUGUGCAACGGUUGCCUUCUUGGGAAGCUUGUUGAGAGCCAGGGAGGCCGUCCAUUUGCUCCGCUGGCUCAGUACUGUAGACUUUUCGCUGCAGCAACAUGCUUGUUGGUGUCGUUUCAUCUCGUAGUGCUGUCACAGUUGAGUCAUUGGUUGCUUCCUUGGGCAGGUGUAGCGAUGGGAAGGUUGGUACGAAGAAAGGCUGUUGUUGGUUGGGGGUAUUUUGAGGGGAGCCACAUGCUGCACGCUUGUUUGACUUGACCCUGCAUUCAAGACGAAUGAGUUCCUAGGGAUCACUGCUGUUAUUUGCAUCCUCAUUUAGCGAGUAAAAGGAAAACAAUCCCCCUCUUUGUAAUAUAUGUAUGUACAUCACUGCGCCAUCAUUCGUGCUGGACGUCGCGCGUCGCCUUUGUGCGGUUGUAUGUAUGUAUAUAUUAUAUAUAUAUAUAUAUAUGUAUGGCCCGAACAGCCUCCAGGUGAUUUCUCAUUGCAUUCUCUUCGAGUGGUUUUAUGUUUUCCCCUCCCUCGUCUGCCAUUGAGUCUGUGAUCACGUGGGGAGCAAGGUUCGCUUAACUGCUACUUGCAGGGAGGAACAGGAGAUUGCAUUUCGGUCUGACAUGAGUCCUGUGUCACAUUAGUAUGGUUUUAGUUGGUCGGGUCCAGUGUCGAACUAUGCGACUCUCGGAGAGUGAUGAUAAAGAGUGUUUUCUAUCUAGUCUUCGCCCUUUCUGUCUGGCAAGGGGCUGUGGCCUUGCUUUGUGGAACACUGUGCCUUCUAGGUCAUGGUGUCUUCUGAAAAUUUUUUCACUUUCUUUAUAUUUCUCUGCGUCAUACUGAUGUUCAAUGGCUACUCAUGUAGUUGCAGGACGCACUCUUACUUCAGCGGAAUGCUGACCAUGAUUUGAACCUGCAGAAUUUGUUUUUCUUCGGUUGUAUGAAAAUGUGAAGUGGCGAGACGUGAACGGUUGUGUUGAGAAGGGGGCAAGAGCGCAUUUCCAUCGACCAUCACUGGUGCAUCGUGGUCAUUUUCGCUCUUCGGUGCCAAGAAUGUGCCUUAUCUACUGAGUUUGUGCAUGGCUGGAAGGACUGCCUCAGAACCUUGCAGUCUUUGGAUGACGAAGGUGCCUACUCCUCCUUUUGUUUUACCAUCGCUUGUGUUCCUCAUAACUCUGGGCGCACCUGUACAUACAGUCCAUCAGCGGAAGAGGGAAAAAUAGGUCUCAUUUUACAGCGACUCCGUCACAACGCCCACAUCGCAUAAUUUAUACGCACGUCCAGGGGUUUGUUCGCCCUGCGGCGGUUGUUUUCACAGAAUAACUUGUGCCUGCAUGUUUGUCUGCUGGUAUCUGUGGGACGUUGUACAUAACACAAAGUGGAAACGAGUGUGCGGGAGAGCCUUGUGCUGCAGUGAGCGGGAAGUGCAUACAUGGUGUGGCUCCCAGUGUUUCAAUUCCUCUCUACACUACGAUGCUGCCAGCUAAUUGCUGGGCAACAUUGAGGUGUGCAUACUGGGGCAAGUUGCCUGGGAAUGCGCAAUGGAAAGUACAAUACUGGGCAAAAUUUCCUACGGCAGUGUUUUUAUUCGGGUUUACUGGCGGGGUGACCUUAGUGAAGAAACUGAGGGUGGGUAGGUAAUUUUUGUUGAAGGAAAUUCUCAUCUCUGCUUUCGAAAGCAGUUUCCAAUAGAGGUUCAGAGGAAAAGACACUGCCAGUACUUUUUUGGUGUUCAGUACCUAUUUUAGCCAUGGCUAAUGAGGUUGCUUCCGUUCAGGAUUUUUACAUUGCGAGUUCAGUCUUUUUACGGUCGUUUCUUUGUUCUUGCGGAACGUAACAUGCGUCAGCCUUGGGAGGUUCCAUUGCCAAACUCCCUCUCGGUCCUGGCGUUAAGUGGGGGGAAGACGCCGACAAACUCGAAUUUCUUUACGCCGGAGGUCUCUGCAUUUUGGCGGCGACAGCAC